AUGGACAAGCUCGCUUAUGAGAUAUUGACGGCUAUCGUAUCGUUGCUUCAAGAUGAUCAAAAAACAUUAGCCAGUCUCAACCGUGUAUCACGACAAUUUCACGCCAUUUCUUCGCCAUUGCUUUACCAUUCGCCCAUAUUCCCCACCGUUGAAAGUUUUCAACGCUUCGCUACCCAUCUUACCAAGCAAAGCUACCAUGUUCGUACCAUCGACUUGCAACUUACACCUCACCGUUGGCGCAAGCGAAUAGGACCAAUGCUCAUGGAUCUAUCUCAGAAAACGAAAGACUUGCAACGUCUGGAUUUGAGUCUAUGCAGUUUUGAAAAUCGGCAAUUAUCUGCUGCGGUGGAAGGUUUCCCUAAUCUGGUUUAUUUAUCGGUGGCCGGGUGCCGAUUUGUGAAUGAUACGGCCAUAAAUCAUGUUGCUGAGCACUGUUCUCAGUUGGAGGAACUGGAUCUGUCAUCAGCCGAAAUCACCGACACGUCGCUUCGGGCUAUUGCCGACCAUUGCCAACACUUGCGGUGGCUGAAUAUUGCCAGCUGCGAACUGGUUUCCGAGGAAGGACUGUGGUAUCUGGCGCGGAAAUGCAUGCAGCUGCGCUAUGUGAACUAUCAGGACUGUUAUAAUGUGGUGGUCGCCGCAGCAGAGUUUGAACAAGCGACGGAAGCCAUUGUUUGGUCCAAUCAAGCCGACGACGACGAUGCCGAUUGGACAGACAUGGAAUGA